AUGCACCAUGAGAUCGAGAUCAUGACUCGACGCCUGGAGCUCGAGAAGCGCCGGCUCAAGCGCAUGGACAAAGAGCUGGAGGCAGCACAGAAGACACAUGCAGUCAAGGAGACACAGGCCCGGCAGCGGCAAAACGCCGCGCGGGCCUUCGCGCGGCCGAAGAGCGGCGGCGCGGAUCGAGCGCGGACGCCUACGCGGCCAAAGAGCAGCGGCGGUCGCCAGACAGUCUCAGAUUCUCAAACGCUGCGUUCCUCGCAGCUCCUGCCGUCGAAGGCCGAGCCUUCGCUAGCAGAGAGGAUGAUUCCCAUGCGACAGCUGGUGGCGCAGAUGGACGUCCAAGUGAAGAAGCUGGACGCCGUCAAGCACGACAACGCAGAGCUCCAGGGGGAGGUUCAGCAGAUCCGGAAGCGGAAGAAGCAGCUGGCCCUUAUCUUCGAGAGGCUGAAGUACCAGAUUCGGGGCCGCAGUGCUCAGAUCCGCGACUUCGUUGAGGAGGCGGCGCAGAGCAAGGCAGUUUCGAGUGAAGCGCAGCAACGCGUGGAGGUGAUGAGGAGGCAGCGGGACGAUGAGCGAAGAUCCUUUACCGAGAAAGUCUUGGAGAUACGGAAGGACAUCCGGAUGGUGGAGCUGGACAAGCGGCAGGUGGAGGUGCGCUUGAAACAGGCUGAGGGCCGCGUGCAGCGGAAGAACGAGCUGAUUUUGCCUCCCGAGGAGGAGGAAUUCUCGGAGCCGAGCAUGAUGCGCCGGAUCAUGAAGACGGCUUUCCUGAACUGCAUCCAGCGGCGCCAUAUCAAGCAGCAUCAGAAGAGCAUCGAGAUCUUCGAGCAGGCAUUUCGGACGAUCAAGGAGCGGACCGGGAUCUCCAAUAUCGAGGAAAUCGUGAAGAUCUUCGUUCAUCUCGAGAGUCGGAACUUUUCUCUCCUUACGUACGUGAAUCACAUGAACCGUGAGAUCGAAGCUCUGGAAGGUGUCAAGCGCGGCCGACGGCAAGCAGAGAUGACCUUGAAGCAGCGGGAGGUGACCAGCGAGAAAAACCGGGAGUUGGCGCUGGGAGAUAUGCAGAAGAAGCUGCGGGCGACGCAGAUCACGAUCGAGGAAAGCCGCGAGGUCUGCGACAGCCAGCGUCAGGUCGUGCAGCAUGUGCUCCCCCAGAUCAGCCAGGUGGCGCGGCUCCUGGAGCUCGAGUCAGAGCGCCUUCGCGAAGCCGGGCAUGCGUCGGAGGUCAGCGACUUCCCGACGAGGCCUUCUGACGAGCUUCGUCCUGACACCAUGCUUCUCUGGCUGCAGUGGGUGGAAGACGUCCUCAGCCGCUUCCGCGAUCUCCUUCCGCUGAACGACCCAGCGGUGAAGGAGACCUACUUCCCUGCCACUGCCGGGCCGGCAGUGAAGAAUCUGCAGCCGAAACGGACGCAUCACCAGCCGGUGCCCAACGUGAAGCCCCAGGACCUGCCGCCGGCCCCACUCCUGGGCGAGGACGGAGGCACGCAGAAGAGGGCUGGUGGCCUUCACAAGGACAAGGCCGACGCAGAGGAGGACAGCGAUCAGGAGGACUUCGACCACCGGCCCCUCACGCUCAAGGAGAUCCGGUCGCGUGCCCAAAACUCCCGGGCGACCAAGGGAAGGAUCCGAGAGCCUCAUCGGCCGAGCAACGUGGGCUUCGAGGACCCGACCGGCACCACGUCGCUCUCCCUGAGCUUCAACUCGAGCCGACAGGUCUCGGCGCAGAAGGAGGCAACGGCGGAGCUGAAGACCGGCACCGCCACGCUGCUGCCGGAACUGGCGAGCUCGCGGCGCUCCGUCGGCUUCCAGCUCGGCCUGGAGCCUGCUGCCGUGCCGCUGGACGAGGACGCCGCGCAGGAAGGCGGCACGGGUGGCCGCGGUAAUGAGGCAAGCGAAAGCGACAGCGAGUCCCGCGAUUCAACGCCACUCGCAAAGCAGCCCAUGAACGCCUUGAACCUGCGCGUCCGGCAGCUCAUCCAAGUGGCGGCGAUGUCGCGCACCGAGGAGGUGACCCAGGAUGAGCUGGACGUGACCUUCCUGCGGAAGUACAACAUGUCCCGGCAGGAGCUUGAGGUGAUGGCAGAUCGCAUGGGCAUGCGGCUCUCGCACCUCUGCUUCAUGAAGAGCCAGUUCGACAUCUUCGACCAGGACCAGAGCGGCUAUAUCAAUGCUGCCGAGCUGCGCAGCCUCUUCACAAAGAUCGGGGAGGAGAUUACGGAACACCAGCUCGAGGAGGCGGUGCGCGAACUGGACACCGACCAAAGCGGUGAGGUCGAGUUCUUCGAGUUCGUGGAGUGGUUCUGCAGCUGA